AGCGCGAAGCUGGGCGAGGGAGUGGUGCGGUGUGGUGAGCGGGCGCCGAGAGCGAGGCGGGCACUAGCAAGCUUACGAGCGAGCGGAGAGAGGGAGAGAAAGAGAAGGCGAGAGAGCGGCGAGGCGCCUGCGCGAUGCUCGGGCCCCUGAGCCCGCGUCUCUGAGCCAGCCGGAACGGACAUGCGCGGGAGGGCGCCGCGGGGCCCCGUUCCCCGUGGGGAAUGAAAGCUACUGGCUGACUUAGAACCCCCUGGGCUUCACAGAUUUGAAGACAUCCCGGGAGUGAGGCACAAUGUCAACAGCAGGAGUUGCUGCUCAGGAUAUUCGAGUCCCAUUAAAAACUGGAUUUCUGCAUAAUGGCCAAGCCUUGGGGACUAUGAAGACCUGCUGGGGCAGUCGCAGUGAGUUUGAAAAUAACUUUCUAAAUAUUGAUCCAAUCACCAUGGCCUACAGUCUGAAGUCCCCUGCUCAAGAGCACCUAACAACUCUCGGGUGUGCUGCGCGGUCUGCUCCGGUGAGUGGCCACUUCUUUGCAGAAUAUGGCCCGUCUCCAAAGUCAAGCUUGCCCCCUCUUAUUAUUCCCCCAAGUGACAGCUCAGGACAGCGUGAAGAGGAUCAAGUUGUGUGUGGUUUUAAGAAACUCUCUGUGAAUGGGGUCUGCACGUCCACACCUCCGCUUACACCCAUCAAACACUGCUCUUCCCCUUUCCCCUGUGCCUCUCCAUGUGAUCGGGGCUCUCGGCCGCUCCCCCCAUUGCCCAUCUCUGAAGACCUGUCUCUGGAUGAGGCCGACUGUGAGGUAGAAUUUCUAACCAGCUCAGACACGGACUUCCUUUUAGAAGACUGUGCCCCUUCUGAUUUCAAAUAUGACGUUCCUGGCAGGCGAAGCUUCCGUGGGUGCGGACAGAUCAACUAUGCAUAUUUUGACACCCCAACUGUUUCUGUAGCAGAUCUCAGCUGUGCAUCUGACCAGAAUAGAGUGGUUCCAGAUCCAAACCCUCCCCCACCUCAAAGCCAUCGCAGAUUAAGGAGGUCUCACUCGGGACCAGCUGGGUCAUUUAACAAGCCAGCCAUCCGGAUAUCUAGCUACACACACAGAGCUUCCCCCAGCUCAGAUGAAGACAAGCCUGAGGUCCCUCCCAGGGUUCCUAUACCUCCUCGGCCGGCAAAGCCAGACUACAGAAGGUGGUCUGCAGAAGUGACCUCCAACACAUACAGUGAUGAAGACAGGCCUCCCAAAGUCCCCCCAAGAGAGCCUUUGUCGCGGGGUAACUCCCGUACCCCAAGUCCUAAAAGCCUUCCGUCUUACCUCAAUGGGGUCAUGCCCCCCACACAGAGCUUUGCCCCUGACCCUAAGUAUGUCAGCAGCAAAGCCCUGCAAAGACAGAGCAGUGAAGGGUCUGCCAACAAGGUUCCCUGCAUCCUGCCCAUUAUUGAAAAUGGGAAGAAGGUUAGUUCAACGCAUUAUUACCUACUACCUGAGAGACCGCCGUACCUAGACAAGUAUGAGAAGUAUUUUAGGGAAGCGGAAGAAACAGACCCAAGCACCCAAAUUCAGCCAUUGCCUGCUGCCUGUGGUAUGGCUUCUGCCACAGAAAAGCUGGCCUCCAGGAUGAAAAUGGACAUGGGCAGUCACGGAAAGCGCAAACACUUAUCCUACGUGGUUUCUCCAUAACUGAGGUCCUGUGUGGCUCAGCAGAAGUUACGUGGAGUGGAUGGCUCCCAGCUUUCCAGUUUGAGGUUCAUAGGACAAUGUCAGGUUGCAGAAUGAAGUCGGACUCCGUCUUAAUGGGAAAGGCUUAAAGUGUUCGUGAGGUGCUGUUACGCUGGGAGUCCCUGGUUGAUCAGCAUAGGAGGAAAAGUCUAUAAUUUAAAGAUGUGCUAGAGGGGAGGGGAGAAUGGGCAAACUUUUACAUUUGACUACAUUACAUGCUUGUGUAUAAAUGUGCAGUGUAACCAUAGACCAUAGCUGCAGGAUAACCAAUUAGUCACUAUUGUAGAGUAAUAUAUAUUCAGAAUAAUUAAAACCAAGCUGGGGGAGCAGCUCCUGAUAGUGUGAAAAUUGAGCAGAUGGAAGAAAGCAGUAUUGUUAAAUCAAAUUAUAAAUUUAUGUUUGUUAAGUUUAAAGAUUCCUGGAGUUCGGGCCUGCUAUAUAGGUCGUGUGCCUGUCCCCCACCCCCAGCAGUCUUCUCCGUACAGGAUAGGGCAUGCUCUUCGCUGGGCCUGUGCCGUCUUGUUAAAAUCAUCCUAUGGCCAAACACUUGUAGCUCUAGCGUUUUGUCUUGUUGAGGAGGACAGCGGUUUCUGGACCAUGUCAUCACCUGUGUGUGUCUCACAUCUUGAAAAUGGCAGAAGUGGUGAAUGACUCUCCCCUGCUGGUCCUGCUUUUCCCAUCCACUGAAAGGCUGCUGUAGCGAGAGGCUUUCAAGGAAGUGCGAUGGAGUCGUACUGGCCGUCAGUGUUGGGGGUGCAAGUUUUAUAGAUGAAUACAGCGAUUAGCUCUGAUUGAGAGUCACUCUCUGGGGAUGUAUGGUAUGUUUUUGUUUUUUAGGCUUAAUAAACAAGUACAACACAAGCUGGCCUUGUGUUGCUGGUUCAUAUUCAGUAUUUCCUGGGGAUUGUUUGCUUUUUAAGUGAGACACUUCUGACCAAUAGCACAGAACGUCUUAAUGCCAGAGGUCACUUCAGCAUCUUCCUGCUUUGAACUCACGGCUGGCUGCUUCACUGCCCUGAGAUUCAGCGAGACGCGUAGCUUUGUUCAGUUUUUUUUACGGCCUCUGAUGCGUUUAUCUUGUAUGGAUAAGCACAAAGAGAAGGUGCUUGCUGACAGGGCACUGCUGCGACGUCCCGCAAGCUGUUCAGUGGUGACUGCUGAAUGGUGUUAUUUGAGCUAUUGAAAGCUUACUGUAUAGCGUGAACUAAAUGAAGGUUAAAACAUGCUUUAGAACAUGCACUGAUCUCUGCACUGUGUGUGCAGUAUUGGACAAAGGAUUUAUUCAUUUUGUUGCAUUAUUUUGAAUAUUGUCUUUUCAUUUUAAUAAAGUUAUAUUACUUAUUUAUGA